UUAUUUUAGAUAAAGCUUUAUUAAAAAUAGAAUGCUAGGCAAUGUUUUAUUAAUAUGAAUAAGACAAAAAAUAAGUGAAUAUGCCACUUCGUCUUUUGAAAGUUGGUGGUGCUUUAUUGGGAGCCUUUGCUGGUGGAGGGAUACUGAUGUCCUAUUAUGACGUGACACCUCUGCGGUCUGCCAGAGUUGCUAAGACGACCUUAUCUAUCAUUCUUGACUACAAGCUAACUUUGAGGAAAUUCGACAACGAUACUGAUGAAUAUGAGAGAGCACUUUCUGAGGCACACACUCGAUCAGCUCACAAGAUAUAUGAUUUAUGUUGUAUAAACAAAGGCACAUAUAUUAAGAUGGGACAAUUGCUUGGAGCAUUAGAUUACAUUCUACCUCAUGAAUAUACAACAGUAUUGAAAGUAUUCCAUGAUGAUGCACCAAAGAGUACAUUGCAAGAGAUUGAGUCGGUUGUCAAAAAUGAUUUAUGCAUUGACAAUCUGGAUGAGUUGUUCAUCAAUUUCUCACCAGAACCUAUUGGAACAGCAUCUUUAGCUCAAGUGCACACUGCAAUUCUACGUUCUACAGGUGAAAAAGUUGCUGUAAAAGUUCAACAUCCGAAAGUGCGAGAGCAUGCUGAUUUUGAUAUGAAAGUGACUGAUAGUGCAACAAGAUUGGCUGCAAAGAUAUUUCCAGAAUUCAAUAUGGUUUGGUUAUCAGAAGAAACUCAGAAGCAUCUACCUCUAGAACUUGAUUUUUUACAUGAAGGAAAAAAUGCAGAAAAAGUGGCUGAGCAAUUGAAAUGCUUUGAAUGGCUCAAGGUUCCUAAGAUACAUUGGAAUAUAUCAAGUGAACGUGUCUUAGUGAUGGAAUAUUGUGAAGGCGGGCAAGUCAACGAUUUGGGUUAUUUCAAAAGAAAUAAUAUUGACUGCAAUCAUGUUUCAAGACUUCUUGGCAAACUAUUCAGUGAGAUGAUAUUUGUUCAUGGUUUUGUGCACUGUGAUCCACAUCCUGGUAAUGUACUUGUGAAAAGAAGAAGUGAUGAAGAGCGAAAGAUUCUAGAUGGUUCUUUCCUGAGUUUAAGUUGGAUACGAAGCUUUUUACCAUUUUUCUUAGGAGGAAAAUCCAGAUGCAGUGAAGUUGAACUUGUAUUGUUGGAUCAUGGACUUUACCAAACACUUGAUGAUGAUUUUAGGUAUGAAUACGCAGGACUCUGGCAAGGUCUCAUCAGUGCAAAUGUGAAGAAGAUAAAGCAGCAUUCUUCCAAGUUUGGAGUAGGCGACAUGUAUCCUUUAUUUGCAACGAUGAUAACCGUGCGUUCAUGGGAAGUCGUCUGUGAAGGCGGCAUAAAAAGGACCAAGUUUUCUGAAGAUGAAGAUAAUUCAAUAAGAACAGAAGUACCAGGUUUUCUUCCUGGAAUAUCAAAAAUAUUGAACACUGUACCAAGGCCAAUGGUAAUGCUGUUCAAAACAAACGAUUUGUUGAGGAUGCUUGAGGUACUUCAUGGUACCAGAUCCGAUUCAUCUGGUUUCCUAAACAUGUCAAAGUGUUGCGUUCGAGCGGUUUCAGACUAUGAGGGGAGACAUGAUACUGGAAGUAUACAAAAAUUUCGGAGAUCACUUUUAUUGAAAUUAGAUCUGGUUAAAAUCGUUUUAUAUGAAUAUCUGUUGUGGAUUCAAACAGUUUUCGCCUUUUCAUGACAUUGUUGUUUGGUUUAUCAUUGUGACCUUCUAAGUCUGGUUCCAGUCAUCGCUGAUGGCGUAGUUGUUUUUAAAUUUAGGUUCACUGCAUUAGUAUUUAUUGUUAUAAAAUUCUAAUUAUAAUAAAGAUUUAUGAGUGUGUUUACCUAUUUA